AGAUAUUACAAAGCAAAAAAAUGUAUGUUCCUUAUGCCAUUAUAGCAUUUUUAUGUUUAAGAAAAAUAAAUAAAUCCUAAGAAUAUCAAAAUGUAAAAUUAAGUUAUUUCUUAUUAGCAUUAUCUUAAAAUCUGGUUUAAGAAAUUAUUAUAAGUGGAUCUACAUUAUUAUUUAAAUCUGCAGGAACUAAAGAUUAUUAUUAAACAUAUUCAUCAGUUUUAUCUAAAGAUUAAUUAUAUACACUUUUAAAAGAUAAACCAGAUAUAGUAUUUUCUUGUGUAGAUGAUUAAAACAAAGACAUAACAUUUUCUUAAAAAUUAGUAAUAUUAGGGCUAAGUGCAUAUUUAUCAUAUCAAAUAACUUAAAAGCUUUUAUAAACAUAAUAAAUAUAACCAAUCGAUGAUGAAUACAGAAGUAAAGUAAAAUUUAGCGACAUUUAUGGUCUAGAUAAACCAAAAUAGCAAUUACAAGAAAUCAUUGAUUACUUAUAAAAUCCCUGGAAAUAUAAAAAAGUAGGAGCAAGAUUAAGAAAAGGAGUUUUAAUAUAUGGACCUCCAGGGACUGGAAAAACAAUGUUAGCAAAAGCAACUGCUGGAGAAUCAAAAUCUUAUUUUAUUCAUACUACAGCAAGCGAGUUUGUAGAAAUGUAUGUUGGUGUAGGAGCAAAAAAAGUAAGGGAAUUAUUUUCUUAAGCAAAAAAGUAUUAACCUUGUAUAAUUUUUAUCGAUGAAAUAGAUGGAAUAGGCCAAAGAAAAAAAUAAAAAAAUUCUGAUUAGGAAUCAGGGGAUAUGGAAAGGACAACAACAUUAAACUAAUUAUUGACUGAGAUGGAUGGUUUUUAAGAAAUGACUAAUGUUGUCGUUAUUGCAGCCACUAAUAGAGUUAAUUUUAUUGAUGAAGCUUUAUUAAGAUCGGGGAGAUUUGACUCUAAAAUAGCUGUUCAUUUGCCUAAUUUUGAAGAAAAGAAAGGAAUUUUAAACAUUCAUUUAAUAAAAAAAUCUCAUAAUGUUAGUGAUGCUGCUUUAGAAGAAAUAGCUAAAAGUGCUUUAAAUUUAAGUGGGGCUGAUUUAGAAAAUGUUAUAAAUGAAAGUGCAUAUUGCUGUAUUCAUCAUGAUAGGUAAGUUAUAACUGACGAUGAUAUUAGAGAGGCUUUCAAUAAGAUUUAUAAUGAAAAAUUCAGCCAAAAAUUAAAAGAUAAUAUGUUUAUAUUUGUAUAUAUAAAUAUGGGAAAUUGCAAUAAUCCUACAGAUUAAAAAGAUAUAUCAAUAUAAUCUGUUCACAAUUAUUAUUUUCAUUAUGUCAUUGGACGAGGAGGAUUUGGAAAAGUAUGGAAGGUUGAAAGUAAAAAAAGUAAAUAAUAUUAUGCAUUAAAAGAAAUGUCAAAAGCAAAAAUUAUUACAAAAAGAAGUGUUUAAUCUGUUAUGAAUGAGAAGUAAUUACUUUCUUCUUUAAGGCAUGAUUUUAUUAUUAAUAUGGUCGUAGCUUUUUAAGAUAGAUAUAAUUUAUAUUUAGUAAUGGAUUUAUUAACUGGAGGUGAUUUAAGGUAUCAUAUAUCAAGAAAAAGAAAAUUUAAUGAAACUUAAACUAAAUUUUUUUCUGCUUGUAUAAUUAUUGGAUUAGAAUAUCUUCAUUAAAACGGAAUUAUACAUAGAGAUAUAAAACCUGAAAACCUAGUAUUUGAUAGCCGUGGAUAUAUCAGAAUAACAGAUUUGGGCAUAGCAAGAAUAUGGAAACCUGAUAAUAAUAGUGACACAUCAGGAACUCCAGGAUAUAUGGCUCCUGAAGUAAUGUGUAGAUAAAACCAUGGUGUUGCAGUUGAUUAUUAUGCAUUAGGAGUUAUCGUAUAUGAAUGCAUGAUUGGAAGAAGGCCUUAUGUAGGCAAGACAAGAUAAGAAAUAAGAGAUUAAAUAUUAGCGAAAUAAAUAUAAAUUAAAAAAAAUGAAGUUCCUGAUAAAUGGUCUAUAGAAGCUGCAGAUUUUGCAAAUAGAUUAAUUUAAAGAAAACCAGCAAACAGAUUAGGCUUAAAUGGUCCUGAAGAAGUAAAAAAUCAUGCAUGGUUCAAAAAUUUUCCAUGGGAUUAAUUAGUAGCUAAAUUUUACGAAUCUCCUUAUAUCCCUAAUGCUAAUGAAGAUAAUUUUCAUUCUAACAUUGAUAGAAAAGAUAGUGAUUAAGAACUUGAUUAGCAAAAUGAAUUAAUGCUUAGAAGACAUUCCAUUUAAACUUAAUGA